AUGGAUGUUCUUCCGGAGGACAUCCUGAUGGAGAUCUUGGUGAGAUUACCCGUGAAAUGUUUGUUCCAAUUCAAAUGCGUUAACAAAUCUUGGUGCUCUUUGAUCAAAAGCCCCCGUUUCACGCAUUUGCAUGUCACUCGAGCCAAGAACGGCGAUCAGGAAGGUGCCAUCCUGGUGAAGCGCUUCAUCAAGGAUGAGAGAAAAAUUGUUUUAUCAUUCCAUUCAAGGGAUGAAUCUUUAUCUCUCCAGGUUGUGGCCCCUGAUUUUGAGGUGCCGUACUCAACAUACGUCAAUAUGAUUUUGGUCGGCACAUGCUAUGGCAUAAUUUGUCUUAAAAGUAAUGAAUCGGGUGGUAUUUAUUUGUGCAAUCCUGCAACUCGAGAGUUUUUUGCACUCCCUGAUCCUCCCUUUCGUUGCCCACAAGGGUAUUUUUGCCAGGUGGGUGAAAUGGGGUUUGGGUUUGAUGCAAUCAGUGACGAUUUCAAGAUCAUCACUUUUACAGGAAUUACUCCUAAGGAAUACAAUUAUGAUCUUAAUUCCUGCAAGGUUGAAAUAUACAGUCUCAGUACUAAUUCUUGGAGAGAACUCGAUCCAGACGUCAAACUGCCGGAAGGGGUGUAUAACCCGCGCUUCUCUGUUUUAUUUAAUGGAUGCUUCCAUUGGUGCACACCAUUAAUUACUGAUUCUUUUGCCCUCCAGAUCCUUUCUUUUGAAUUGAGCACUGAGCAAUUUCGAGAAUUUCAAUUUCCUGAUGGAGCACCAGACACUGAAGGAGAAUAUGGCAUUCAGAAACUCAUUGUCUUGGACAAUUCACUUGCCAUGAUAUGGUAUGACAUUACAGGGAGUCAAAUUUCGGAUCAGCAUUUCGACAUAUGGGUGAUGAUGGAGUACGGCGUGCAGGAGUCUUGGGUUAAAAAGUUUUCCAUAGGACCACUCUCAGGAAUCGACUGCCCGUUAUCUUCGUGGAACAGUAAUAAACUGCUUUGGGAAAUGAGCAAUGGACAGUUGGCUUCAUGUGCUGUCCUAGGUGAUAAUCGAGGAAGUCUUACAAAAUAUAACAUUCAUGGGUUUCCAACCACCCUGCAAGCUGAUAUUUAUCAUGAAAGUUUGGUUGCUCUCGGUGAACUAUGCGGUCGUCGAAUGAACUGA